UCUGUCAUUAAGGAAAACACUAUAGUAGUAUGGCAGAGGCAGUGGGAAAAGGAAACAAAGGGCCGGCAUUAUUAUGCAAUACAAAACAAAGUAAAGACAGAGCAGAGUUACUUGGGUAAAUCCAGAAGACAAGCUGUAAUUAUGACAAGACUAAGGCUGGGACACUGUGGAUUUGCAUGGGAUCUAGCGAAGAUAGGCAAACAUGAGGAUGGGCUCUGUAGAACCUGCAAUCAACAACAGACUGUUAAUCAUGUGUUUAUGGAAUGUCAACAGUAUAAAAGGCAAAGAGAACAACUUUAUUCUGAGGUAUCAGGAGAUGGAUUACAAGCAGUGACAUUGAGAGAUAUUUUGAAUCCUCAUGAGAACCAAUCAAGGAUAGUGGAAGCAGUCAUGGAUUUUAUAUCUGCAACAGGAUUAGCCCUCUGAGAAUGAAGGUGCUAUAAAGCGAUACCGAGACUGAACUGUGGGUGGCAGCAAUAUGCCGUAAGGCAUCUAGUCUGCCGGAAAGCCAGUAGAAGAAGAAGAAGAAGACUGGGUGUGGAGAGUGUGGAGCGCAGAUGGCAUGGAGAGCUGGGUGGCAGUGCAGUGAGGUUAAGAUAAUGAUUUAUUGAUGCCAGCAGUGCAACAUCCAAAUCUCCAGAACAAACAUUCUGGAGAGAGGCCUACUGCAGUGGCAGCGUCAAAAAAAAAAAAUUCACCCAUUGCUGCUCUGAAAGUGACGUUCUUUUGGGAGGCAGGAGUGGACACAGGUGCUCUCCGAAAAGAAUUUCUCACAGAAAUGAUUGCAGGAAUUGAGAGCCAUUUCUUUGAGGGGCCAAAGCACCAGAGGAGCCCACGAUACUCUCUGACUGACUUUGACAGCGGCCUGUACAAGACUGUUGGGAGAGAUUUUAGCAGUAAGUUUGGCACAAGUUGGAGACAGUCGCGAGAGUUAAUUGAGCAGGUUGAAAUGUCAACUGAACAUUCAAUUGAAGGCCUUUCUGAUGAAAUCAUAAAUUGUGGAAAUACUGGAUCUCAGUGCAAAAAGAGUCCAUUGUUUGUGCUGAGGCUGCAGCCUAUGUUGGAACAACUGAGAGGAGGCCUGCAGCUGUAUGACCUUCUUUCGCUAAUCAGGCAGUACCCAGAUAUCUGCCAGCCCCUGUUUGUUCCCGGUGAAGAUGUAAAAGUUAAUGCAGAGUUUGUCAUGGCAUCCAUUCUUCCUCAACUGAGUGACAAAGGGACUUCCAGGCAUCAGAUUGAGCUGGAGAUGAUCAACUUUAUUCAGGACUUCCUUUAUGAAGCUGAAGCUGAAGACCAGGUAGAUGACCAAGAUGGCCUACAUUCCAUCACACCUGCCAGGUUGCUCCAGUGGAUCACAGGCCAAGGUCACAUCCCACUUCUUCCCUCAGAGAAGAAGGAUUUUGCUGUAACAAUCAAGUUUAACCAUGACUGUAGUGCAGACUUUGGCCAUCACAGUGUGUGUUACCCCGUUGUGUCAGCAUGUGCCAAGAAUAUUGUACUACCUGUAAAACAUAUGAGGCCUUAUGACCAAUUCAAAAAGGUUCUAACUGAGGCUUUUCAUCUGGGCCAACAGUUUAACAUGGUGUAAAUAUUUACCAUCAACUGAUGGUACCUUUUUCUAGGUUGAACUACAACCUACAGUAAAUGAUAAAUGUUUAGCACCAGUUGCUACUGUUUUACUUAUGUUCUGAUUAAUGAAACACAUUUCUUAGUAAUACGGUGUUCCAAAAUCCAUAUUUGGAAAGAGGAAUUAGUCGAGAGUAAACAUUAAAUUAUUGUUUAAUAGCAGUACUGUUGAGCAUUUCAUGCAAACAUGUUAAGGUUAAGAAGGUAAUCUUGCAACAAGAUUUCAUAAAAGUAAUUAGUUUACAUCUCAUCUAGAUGUCUGGCUAAUUGGCAUCAUGUUGUCUCACUCACAAGUUGCAGCCCAGCACUCUGAGAAGCAGUUAAAGAAUGUUUGUACCAUGUAGCUUCACUGCUGUCAGUAACAAUAAACAUUUAAAACAA